AUGACCCUGUGUAAUGUGUAUGUCCUUGUUUUACAUAUGUUAACUUACAUUUAAAUGCAAAUUUGGGCAUGAUUCUCCUUUUGCCGGACCUGUACAUCUACUGGGAAUAUACUGCCCCUAUUCGAUUACUUCUUAUGCUGCACCAGAAGGUAUAAAUACCAGCUUAAGUAUUUCAUCUUCACUGCAGUACUCUAAUGCCACUAAGUGGUUUAGCUCAAGAAAUGACAUCAACACAGAGAUGGCCAGAGCAGGGAUGGGCAUUUCUGCAACUGUUGUUGGUGGCAUCUGUCUCUCAUUCUGAGGAGCCAGUGUGCAGGCGUAGAGGAGACCCUGAGAACCCACUGCUAUCUAAGAAUGGGGAUAUUAUACUGGGGGGGAUGUUCUCUUUUCACACAAGCUGGAAGGACAGAAACGAUUCCUACAUGAACCAACCUCUGCCACUACAAUGUAUCAGACAUCAUGUACCAGACCUGCAUAUGUGCAGGCCAUAAUAGGAGCAACCUCUUCUCCUACAGCCAUUGCAGUUGCUGCUGUCAUUGGACCUUUUUUUGUACCAGUGAUCAGCCACUUUGCCACAUGUGCUUGCCUCAGUGACAAAACCAAGUACCCAUCCUUCCUCAGAACAAUACCCAGUGACUACUACCAGAGCAGAGCCCUGGCACAUUUGGUCAAGUAUUUUGGAUGGACUUGGGUUGGAGCUAUCAGAACCAAUAAUGAGUAUGGAAAUAAUGGCAUGGCCACAUUCACAGAAACUGCACAGCAGCUGGGCAUCUGUCUGGAGUAUUCUGUAUCUUUCUUUAGAACAGAUUCAUCUGACAAAAUACAAAAGAUAAUUGACAUUAUAAAGGCUUCAACCUCUAAGGUGCCUGUGUCAGUUUGCAAUGAAAAAUGUCCCCCAGGAACACGCAAGGUUCUCCAGAAAGGAAGGCCUGUUUGCUGCUAUGAUUGUAUAAGAUGUGCCGAAGGAGAGAUCAGCAACAUUACAGGUGUGGUUAUAUUUCAUUACAAUCUUUGCUGCACAACCCAGCACAAGCACAGCUCAUACGUUUGA